AAGGAAGAGAUAGACGUUACUUAUUAACACAGAACACUUUACACUCAUCCAUUUGUAAGGUGCCUAAAGCAACUGAGUGGUGAAAAGGUUGCAGGCUUUAAUUUGAGACGACCGACUGAGAUGAGUGACACAUCAGAAGACGACAAUGAGAUCUCCUUUCCAGUAAAGUUUCUUGGACGAGUGGAGGUGCUUCGUCCUGGUGGAUUACAGAUUCUGUCUGAAGCAGUUCAGAGCCUCCAGACACCAGAUGGAUCCAGCACAGAAAAGGCCGCAAAGAAAAGCAAAGUUUCUCUCUUCGUGUCCCGCAGUGGGAUAGACAUUUUGGAACACAAAAGCAAGUUCAUGUUGUACACGUGUCCUGUCACCAUGAUUUCCUUUUGUGGUGUCCUACCAUCUGCACCCAAAGUCUUUGGCUUUGUGGCCAAACACCCAGUAGCAGACACGCACCACUGUUAUCUGUUCCAGAGCAAGACAUUUUCACAUGUGCUGGUUUCAAUUAUUGGUGAUGUUUUCCGGGCUUCCAAAAAUGAGAGGAGCGUCAGAGGGGGGCAAGAUCUAAUCGUGGAGGCACUGAGACAUAAGAAUAAAGUGCUGCAGAGAGAGAACGCUGAGCUGAAGAAGAGGCUUGCACAGUACAUUGCAUAACAAAUGUGUCACGCUGCUUGUGGCACUUGAAUCAGCAAUGUUUGUGACACAGUAAAAUAUUUCAGAUA